AACAGGAGUUCUGGAAUGCGGCUCCUGGCCUGGGUUGGAGAGGGCUGCUGGGUACAGGACCCGGGGCUCAGGCUGCACCUAAGCUCGGGGUCAGGGCCUGCUGGCUGUGGCGGAGGGGGCCCAUUCUGCGUCUCGGCCAUGGGCCUGGAGCUCUACCUGGACCUGCUGUCGGCGUCCUGCCGCGCCGUCUACAUCUUCGCCAGGAAGAACAGCAUCCCCUUCGACUUCCAGUUUGUGGACCUGCUGAAAGGUUACCACCACAGCAAGGAGUACACCGAGAUCAACCCCCUGAAGAAGCUGCCCAGCCUCAAAGAUGGGAAAUUUGUCUUAUCGGAAAGCGUGGCCGUCCUCCUCUACCUGUGCCGCAAGUACAGCGCCCCCUCGUACUGGUACCCGCCGGACCUGCACACGCGGGCCCGCGUGGACGAGUUCAUGGCCUGGCAGCACACCGCCAUCCAGCUGCCCAUGAGCAAGAUCCUCUGGAUCAAGCUCCUGAUCCCCAUGAUCACAGGCGAGGAGGUGCCAGCUGACAAGACCGAGGAGGUGCUGGCUGAGGUGCAGCAAAACCUGAAGCUGUUCGAGGAGCGGUUCCUUCAGGACCGGCCGUUCAUCACCGGGGACAACAUCUCCCUGGCCGACCUGGUGGCCUUGGUGGAGAUGAUGCAGCCCAUGGGGGGCAACCACAAUGUCUUCCAGACCAGCCCCAAGCUGGCCGAGUGGCGCAUGCGGGUGGAGCUGAGCAUCGGCCCCAGCCUCUUCUGGGAGGCCCACAACCGGCUGGUGAAGCUGGGCGAGUGGGACUGCUCCACGCUGGACCCGUCCGUCAAAGAGAGGAUCGCCGACAUGCUGCAGAAGUUCAAGUAGAAGCCACCCCCCUGCAGCGCCCCCUUUCUGGGCACAGACACCAAAACCCACUCUGCUUCUUUGUCCAAUAAAGAACCGGAACCACC